GCAUUUUCUCUUGUGCAAUGCCAUUCUUUUUCUCUCCCUUUGUCUUUACAUAUGUUGUAAUAUUAAUAGAGCUCCAAAACACUUCCAACUUUCUUCUUGCACCCUAGCCACAUACAACUUCUCUUCUUUAGUCAUGGCCACUCCGAAACAACUAGAAGUCCAUAAAGAAGAUCACUCUACUCCAUCCAAAUGGAGUGUCUCUUUGGGAGAAGAGGUUUUUAGAAGAUUUCUAGGUCAAGCUAAUUCAGCUAUACAAAAGGUGUUCGGUGAUGGCUCCUUGUUUAGUCCGUUGUUGUUCGGAAAAUUCUUUGACCCUGCCGAUGCUUUUCCGCUAUGGGAGUUUGAGUCUGAUCUAUUGUUGUCCAAUCUUCGCAUCUCUGGAAAAUCUUCAAUAGAUUGGUCUCAAACUGAUCAAGAAUACAUCCUACAAGCAGAGUUACUAGAAGCUUGGAGAAAUGCAUUACAAAUCUCCAUAGAAGAAGGUGGGAAGGUGUUAGAGAUAAGUGGUCAAUUGAGGGAGCAACAAAGAGAAGGCAAGACCACGGUCGAUUGGCGACGUGUCAAUUGGUGGGAGCAUGGAUUCGUUCGACGUCUCGAGUUGCCCGAAGAUGCUGAUUCGUCUAGAAUGGAGGCUCGUAUCAAGAAUGACUUGGUUCUUGAGAUCAAAAUUCCCAAGUUAGAAACCAAUCAAAGUAGUGAAUCAAAGAGCAAAGAUAAUUCUGAUGAAGAUGCUUGAGUUGUUUGUGACCAAAUUUCUAAUGGUAAAUGUGUUUAACUUAAACUUAAUUUACAUAUUCUAUGUGAUUUGUGACAAAACAACAAGACAUGGAUCUCAAAUAUGUGUAUGUUGUUGUUGUUAUUGCUGACCAACUUAUGUGGAUGAGAAUACAAACACUUUCAAAA